AUGUCAAUAAUCCGUACAUCCGUCCAUGCCAAAUGGGUCGUGGGGAAGGUGAUUGGCACAGCCAUGGUAAAAACUGCUAAAGAAAGAGCGACCAGACUUGCUUUGGAUCCCUGCUUGCUAAAGUACUUCAACACGUGGAAAACCAGCUUUGCUUAUGAUGCCCAUCAGCAGUGCUCUGUCGGAGACAUAGUGCUCCUCGGAGCUUUGCCCGUCAUGGGAUCAAAGCGUGUGAAACAUGAACUGGCUGAGAUCAUUUUCAAAGUUGGCCGAGUUAUCGACCCAGUCACAGGAAAGCCCUGUGCGGGGACCGCCUACCUAGAAAGUCCACUCAGUUCAGAAACUGCUAACCCAAGUAAAACUCCAGAAGAACUCAAGGGCUCUUCCACCUAG